AAUAAUAAUAUUUAUCAGAGUGUAUGUACUGUAAAUAGAGUACGUGACGGUUUGUUUAUAAAUGAUCAUUGAUCGAUGAAUGAUUUAAAUUGAGAAAUUCUGGAUGUAAAAAAAAACAUGGAUCCUAUUGAUUUUAUCAAAAAAAUAAAUUGCUUCAUUUGCUGUAAGGAAAUUAAAGAACAUUGUGACGAUGUAUUUGAAGAUUUUUUUCGUUCUUAUGAACAACACAUGUUGAACAAUCAUUUGAUUGUGAUACCAAAAUUUCAAAGUGUUGAUGAAUUUUUUGAUUUUCUAAGAAAUUGUCAUUCGCUUGAUCAACUACAAUCAGAAGAUCGAUGUAAACUAUUUACGUUCAAAAAGUUUGAUAAAAUUGUUAAUUAUUUCCUAAUCGACAAGUAUCAAAUGGAUGAAACAACAAUCAAAAAUGUUGUCGAAAAACAUUUUCUUCAAAACAUUUUGAAUGAGGCACAAAAACAAAGAAAUGAUAGCAACUUUUCACGAAUGUGUCUUUUCUGUAGAAAAAUAUUCACUGAAAAUCGUGCCCAACUAUUCAAUCAUUUAUACAAUGAUCAUAAUUUCUUUGUAGGACAUCCGGACAAUAUUUUGGAUGCCCAUGAAUUUCUGGAUGUUCUUGAGAAUAAACUGAAAAAAUUACUAUGCCUUUAUUGUGAACGGGAAUUCAAAAAUUGGAAUGUUCUUAAAGAACAUAUGCGUAAGAAAGGUCAUAAAACGUUGAACCCGAAUAAUCGAGAAUAUGAUAGAUUCUAUUUGAUUAAUUAUCUUUGUAAUGAUAAACAUUGGAAACAAAUUAAAAAGGAAAAUGAUUUCUACAUUGAUAACACUAGCAAUGAUUGGGAUGAUUGGAUCGAUGAUGAUGAUAAGCUGGAUUGUGUUUGUUUUUUCUGUCCAUAUAAAAACAAAUUCGACAAUAUUCGCCAACAUUUACUUGGAGAACAUGAUUUCGAUUUUGAUCGAAUCUUGGCCAUUGACGAUUUUUAUGAACGAAUAAUGGUUAUAAAUUUCAUGAGAAAAAAUAUGCUUAUUAAUCAAUGUUUUUUCUGUCGGGAUUCAUUUCAAAACACAGAACAUCUUGUUAAACAUCUUUCAAAUACCCAACACAUUACGAAAUUACCGCUAAAAGAAUUUUAUCAUUCACCAGAAUACUAUUUUCCAACAUUAGAUGAUGAUUGCUUCUUAAUGUUUCUUGAUGAUUGUGAUGAUAAUGUGUAAUUUAUGUGAAACAAAAAAUUAU